GUACUGAUAAUUUGAAGAUUAAUUGAAUUUAAUGGAUGUAUAAUCAAUCAUUUUUAAUAGGUUGGUUUGUUCAAAAACAUCAAACUGGACUUAAAGUGGUUUGAAUGCAAAGGUUGUACAUUAUGCUCCUCACUGAAUCAAACCCUAUAAAGACUGCUCCUUUAAAAUUCAAUAAAGACCAUUGUUUUCCACAGAAACACUAAGCAUUCCGUAGGUAACUUGUUCCAAGUGCAUCCUAGGAAAUCUCAGCAUGAAGGCAGUGUGAGCAAAGCUCUACGGCUUUACGUUUUACAGCCCGUCUCAUAAAUGUGAGCGCUUUCAACUCUGCGUGACACAUCUUCGUGUUUAUGACGGGCUCUGGAGAUGCCUCGCGACGAUGUGUCCCCUCUCUCGAUCGUGCUAUUUUCAGCGAUAGCUCGUCACGAUGGCGUCCAGCAAACUUCAUCAGGAGUGAAUGAAGAAUACGCGUACACCUCCGGGAUUACAGCUGAUGCGUUAUCAUGAAUUGAGGCAAGGUGCAGAACUUAAAACGAUGAAUUCCACGAGCGCGAAACUACGCGGUCUGCCUUCCUCGGCUGAUGUCCUUGUUCAUGUAUGAGAUUAUUUGCUCAUCGCCGACUGCCCGUUCAUCACUUCUCCACACUCUCAUCCCGCAGCUUUCCUCUUUUUAUCUGAGCGUCCGUGUAAAAUGGAAAUCUGAAGUGCUUCACUUUAGCUGUUUCGCACCUUUCAAAAGAAAAGGUCCCUGGAUACGCAAAUUGCCAGGUCUUCUCCUCCUCUCCGUUCCACUCCACUAGCUGCUCCUGGCUUCUGGAGAACGCCUCCUCUCCACGCUGCCUCGGACACCAGGAACCUGCCGACACGUCAAUCACGUCCUCACAGCUGGCUGCAGGGCGGCCCUCGUGGCCGGGAUGCCACUGUGUACCCUGCCAGUCGGCGGUGGAUCCUGAGGGGCAGGAGCUGCCCACCCAGUGCCGGGGGCAAAGGAACAAGCACCCUGAUCACGACAUGAAUCUCUGCUGGAACGAGAUCAAGCGCAAAUCCCACAACAUCAGGGUACGGCUGGAGGCCUUUUCGGACAACAGCGGGAAGCUCCAGCUGUCCCUGCAGGAGAUCAUCGAAUGGCUGACAGCUAAAGACGAGGAGCUGUCCGAGCAGCUGCCCAUAGGUGGUGACGUCGGAGCAGUGCAGCACCAGAGGGAGUUCCACCAGGGUUUCAUUGAAGAUGUCAAAUCCAGAGGGCCCUACAUCUACUCAGUGUUGGAGUCGGCUCAGACCUUCCUGGCACAACACCCUUUCCAGGAGCCUGAGGAGACGUUGCCUGAUGGCAAAGAGGUCUCUCCUCGCCGGCGAAUGCUGAAUGUAAGUCGCUCUGUGUGGAAGCAGGCCAACGUGGCCAGUGACCUGUGGGAGAAGUUGACGGCACGCUGUGUGGACCGGCACCGGCACAUGGAGCGAACUCUGGAGAGGCUACUGCAGAUCCAGGCCACCAUGGAGGAGCUGGCUGCAGCUCUGGAGCAGGCGGAGGGAGUGAGGGAUGCCUGGGAGCCUGUGGGAGACCUGUUCAUUGAUUCGCUGCAGGACCAUAUAGACGCUACCAAGCUGUUUAAAGAAGAGCUGACCCAGGUGAAGGAAGGAAUGAAACACAUAAAUGACCUGGCCCAUCAGCUGGCUAUAUCUGACGUGCACUUGUCUAUGGACAACGCCAGAGCCCUGGAGCACCUCAACAACAGAUGGAAACUUCUGCAGGGGUCUAUUGAAGAACGUCUAAAACAAUUGCAAGAUGCCCACAGAGAUUUUGGCCCUGGAUCACAGCACUUCCUUUCCAGCUCUGUGCAGAUUCCUUGGGAACGUGCCAUAUCCCCCAACAAAGUGCCAUACUAUAUCAACCAUCAGGCCCAGACAACCUGCUGGGACCAUCCAAAGAUGACUGAAUUAUACCAGGCUCUGGCGGACCUGAAUAACAUCAAGUUCUCUGCAUACCGGACGGCCAUGAAGCUGAGGCACGUGCAGAAGGCUUUAAGAUUGGACCUGUUGAAGCUGAGCAGCGUGGUGGACGUGUUUAGACAACAGGAGUUGCAGCACACCGAACAUGUGAUGGAUGUGGUCGAGGUCAUCCACGCUCUCACUUCCCUGUACGAGAGACUAGAGGAGGAGAGGUCCGUCUUAAUCAAUAUCCCCCUGUGCGUCGACAUGUGUCUCAACUGGCUGCUGAACGUUUACGACAGUGGUCGUAAUGGUAAGAUGCGAGUGCUCUCCUUCAAGACGGGCCUGGUUAUUCUAUGCAACGCAGACAUCCAGGAAAAGUAUAAAUACCUUUUCAGACAGGUGUGUGGUCCAGGUGGACUGACAGAUCAGAAACAUCUCAGUCUGUUACUGCACGAGGCCAUUCAGAUCCCUCGGCAGCUCGGGGAGGUGGCCGCAUUUGGAGGGAGCAACGUGGAGCCCAGUGUCCGCAGCUGCUUUCGGAUGGCUCCAGGUAAGUCCGCAAUCGAGGUGUCUCACUUCCUGGAGUGGAUGAGUCUAGAGCCUCAGUCGGUGGUGUGGCUUCCUGUUUUGCACCGGGUGACUGUGGCUGAGACCGCCAAGCACCAGGCACGCUGCUACAUCUGUAAGCAGUGCCCUAUCAAGGGCUUCAGAUACCGAAGUCUGAAACAGUUCAAUGUGGACAUCUGCCAGACGUGUUUUCUGACAGGCCGGACUACCAAGGGCAAGAAACUACACUACCCCAUCAUGGAGUACUACACACCGACAACCUCAGGCGAGAAGAUGAGGGACUUUGCAAAGACACUAAAGAACAAGUUUCGCUCAAAGCAGUAUUUUAGUAAACACCCUCAGAGAGGAUACCUGCCCGUUCAAUCAGUACUGGAGGUGGAGAGCUCUGAGACGCCCUGUUCAUCUCCCAGGCUGCCUCAUGCGGACACACACAGUCGGAUCGAGCAUUUUGCCAGCAGGUUGGCAGAAAUGGAGAACCAGAACUGUUCCUUUUUCACCGACAGUCUCUCUCCGGAUGAAAGUUUGGAUGAAGAUCAGUACCUCCUACGUCACUCCAGCCCCGCCCUCGAGCAGGACUCCCCCCACAGCCACUUGCUGGCCCACCUGGACUGCCAGGACAGAGAAGAGCUGCAGCGCACCCUCCACCGCCUGGAGAAUGAGAACAGGGUGCUGCAGGGUGAGUAUCGGCGGCUGAAGUGGAAGCAUGAAGAGGCAGCAGCAUCACCUCAGCUGAUGGAGUCAGGUCCAGGUUCACCGGCUGGUCAGCAAGACGAAGAGCUCCUAGCUGAGGCUCGAGUCCUCCGACAGCACAAGACCCGCCUAGAGACGCGCAUGCAGAUUCUGGAGGACCACAACAAGCAACUGGAGUCCCAGUUGCGUAGACUCAGAGAACUACUGCUGCAGCCCAAAGAUGACUCGGAGGCCAAUGGUUCGGCUCCUUCUUCACUGUCCUCUCCCGUGUCAGGAGGAGGCCACCAGGGGGAGCCUCCCAGCAGAGAGGCAACAGACACAGAAGCUGCAGGUGAGGAUUUGGAUCAUGAGCAAGACACCGUACUGCAGCUGCAGCAGGUAAUCGAACAGCUGAGGAACGUCUUCCCAUCUGAGCCAGGUCCAUGAAGAACCUGAAGCAAAACUCAGAGGCCUAAAAUUGUGCAGGUGCCGUAUUGCUCAUUUUAUCAUGGGCAGGGUUUUGGGAAUGCAGGGCUGGCAAAUCCAAGGAAAGACAAAGGGACUGCGAGAAGGAAUCAGAAGAUUUUCAGGACAACCUUUUCAGCCUGCGGCCAUUUGCCAAUCCCAUAGAGCUGUGGGAUUAUCUGAGUGCUAACUAAACAAACUAAUGUUUACAUGGUGCCAAAGGCCUGCACUGAUCCGGACACUGUGCUAACCCGUGUAGUAAUGCAAGGUGUGUGUCUUCAUCAGUACAGCACAAGAACCACAGACAAGACUUACACCAUGCAGAAGGAGUCUCUCCUUAGGUAUCCCUGUGCCAGCAAAUUCUGUGUGUGUGUUUUUAAAUGGUUUUCUGUGACUCACUCAUGCACAUAAACACAAAUAUACACACAUACCGAUAAGUCAUGCUUGGUAUUGUGUGGCCCUUGUUCUGUGAAGCAGAAAAGAAGAGAUUCCCCUGAACUGUCGGGAUACACAGCAAGCUUAUUUACACUGUAAGGAUGACACGUCUUCGUUGAUGCCAUCAUUUAUUUAAGAUGCCAAAGUGCCCAUGAGCAUUGUGCUCCUGUCCUGGUGUUCUUUCUCAUUUUCCCCAUGCUCUUUCUCCCUUUCAUAUUCAUUUUCUUGAUUAGUGUUUUUGCCUUGUUUUCAUAAAUAUCUAAACAUCCAAAAAUUUGGGUUGAGUUUUUUAAGGAAUUAAUACUUUUAUUCACCAAGGAUGUAUUAAAUUGAUCAAAAGUAACAUUAAAACACUUCUAAUGUUACAAAAUAGUUCUAUUACAAAUAAAUGCUUUUCUUUUGAACUUUCGAUUUCUAAUCCUGGAAAAUGCAUCAGUUUCCACAACUGUUUUCAACAUUGAUAAUAAUAAGAAAUGUUUCUUGAGCACCAAAUCAGCAUAUUAGAAUGAUUUCUGAAGAAUCAUGUGACACUGAAGAGAAUAUUACUGUUUUUGAUUAAAUAAAAGCCUUGGUGGGUGUAAGUUUCUUUCAAAAACAUUAAAUAAAAACGUACCAAUUUUAAUUUCUUCAAAUAUUAUGAAACAGAGAAUACAGUUCAGUUCUAAUUCGAUUGGCAAAACAUUUAAAUGUAUCUCUUAUUUAAAAGAAAUGGCCUGUUUUGUUUUUAAAAACUAUGGGGAGAAUCUAAAUGAUUUUCUGUGGUAACAGACGUUAUGUAUAUUGAGCUUAAAGGAUUAGUUCACUUUCAAAUGAAAAUUAGCCCAAGCUUUACUC